AUGGACAGAAGUUUCCAGAAUCUACGGCGGCUACUCGCCGGCUCCACGUGCGGCUUCCGCUUCCGCCUUCUCGGGCAUUCUCGAACCCUCCCGGCCAAUGGCAACGUCCGGAACCUGGUGACGUUAUCAUUGUCAAGGCGACCUCGGACGCCGCGCAUCCCCAAUCUUUCGCCGUUUGACGCAGCUUUAAUUCUACAUGUUGCUGCUGAAAAUGGAAAGGAUUGGAUUGGACUCCUGACAGAGAUGCCUGGAAAAAGUGGGAAUUCAAGUCAAAUAAGCAAAGAGCUAAAGGAAAUAGUGUUUGUCAUUCAGAGUCAGAGGAAUUCUUUUCAUUUGAAGAAAGCAGAUGAUCUUAAACAAAGUAUUUUAAAACAGGCUGCCUCUUUAGGAAAGGAAAUGCCUACAGUUCUGCUUACUCAUCAGAUGGACAGACAUGAAGGGACGUGGACUAUUUUACCAUUAAUGCAUGAAUUCUCUGUUGCAUACAGCAGAAACUCCUCAUGGAUUUUUUUCUGUGAAGAAGAUACAAGAAUACAUAUUGUAAAGCUACUGAACACACUUAGAAGAUAUGACAAAUCUAAGGAAUUUUUUUUAGGCAAAGCAUUACAUGAUGAUGAAUCUACAAUUAUUCACCAUUAUGCCUUUGCAGAAAACCCUACAGUUUUUAAAUUUCCAGAUUUUGCUGCUGGCUGGGCACUUAGUAUUCCACUUGUAAAAAAGCUUGCAAGGAGACUGAAGAAUGAACCUUUAAAAUCAGAUUUUACAAUAGAUUUAAAACAUGAGAUUGCAUUAUAUAUCUGGGAGAAAGGGAAUGGACCACAACUCACCCCAGUGCCUGAAUUCUGUACAGAAGACUUCAAUUCUCCUAAGGCUGCGCACUGUGCCACUACCUUCACUAAUUUCCUCCCACUGUGUGGUGAUCCUGUGAAGAAAACGGAUAUCUUUAUUGCUGUAAAAACAUGCAGGAAAUUCCAUGGAGACAGAAUACCUAUUGUGAAACAAACCUGGGAAGGAGAAGCCACUUUCAUUGAAUACUACAGUGACUAUGCAGAAAGUUCAAUACCUACUGUUGAUAUAGGAGUACCAAAUACUGAAAGAGGCCAUUGUGGAAAGACUUUUGCCAUUUUGGAAAGAUUUUUAAAUCAUAGUCCUGUAAAAAUGCCUUGGUUAGUAAUUGUGGAUGAUGAUACCUUGAUAAGCAUCUCUAGGCUCCAGAAAUUACUCAGUUGCUAUGACCCAAGUGAGCCAGUGGUUCUUGGGGAACGCUAUGGCUAUGGCUUAGGAUCAGGAGGUUAUAGUUACAUUACUGGUGGAGGAGGGAUGGUCUUCAAUAGAGAAGCAAUCCAAAGAUUGUUUACUAGUAAAUGCCGGUGCUACAGCAAUGACGCCCCUGAUGAUAUGGUAAUUGGAAUGUGUUUCAGUGGUUUAGGAAUUCCAGUUACACACAGCCCUCUCUUCCAUCAGGCUCGACCAAUGGAUUAUCCAAAGGACUUCCUAUCCCAUCAGGUUCCAAUAUCAUUUCAUAAACACUGGAAUGUUGAUCCAGUAAAGGUUUAUUUCAGAUGGUUGGCUCCAAAAGUGCAAGAUUUGGAAUAUGGAAGUAAACAUGUCAGAGAGGAUUUAUAAUCUGUGAAAGUAUUUAAAUAUUGUUACAAGCUUAAUAUGUAGAAUAUAGAUUGAAUUUUAUUGCUCUAUUUAUAAUUAUUUGUUGCUCAUAUUGUACAAGACAAUAAGGGCACAGUCUAAUACCACUUUUGGCACAGUAUGCUAUUUUCUCCCUUUUGGAGCACUAUAAUUUGUAUCACAUAAUUAGAACCACUGUUUAGGGAUAUAGUGUCUGCGCACAAGCCAUUUAAUCCCUUUAUUGCCACAUUGUGCAUUCCUUUGUGUAGGUACUAAUGAAGGAUGGGUUGGAAACAAGUUUAUAUUGAAUCCUGUGAGAGUCCUUCACAUAGUAUCCACAGUUGUACUAGACCAUGCUCUGAAGAUCGCUGCUCAAACUAAAAUGGAUACAAAUUCAUAUUUGUGCACAUAUUCCUUUUUUUAUUGGGCCUUAAAGUUUGUAAAAUUAAUGCUUUUAUUCUAGAAUUUUAUAAUGUUUAUCAUCUAUUAGAUGCUAAGAUUUUUUGCCAGUUCUUAAACAUCAACAUGUUUUUCCUUGUUCUCUCUACCACACUCCUUUGCUUCCCAAAGAGAUACAUUUUGAAGGAAAAAAUACACCACCAUCUUCACACACACAUUGUAUCAUAUAUAGUCAUUGUGCAAUUAUUUAAGAUGGUAACAGAAUAGGAGAAAAUGUUUGCCCAGAAUGAGAGAAAGAAACAUUGCCCUUAAUUUCAUUUCAUCUUCUAGCAAAGUUUCACUGUUGUGUGACAAUAACACAGCAUUCUAUUUCCCAUAAGAACUUUAAUUGCUUGGAAUCAAUUCAGGAAGCAGCAAUUACUGGCAAGGAUUGCACGUGCUUCAAAAAUGGUGAGGAAUAAGUGUUUCAACCUCAGAGAACCCAGCAUUUUUUUGAUGCUCAUUAAAGGAGCCCCUUUUUUUCAAGUUUCUGUGCAAGUCUGCUGCUGUUUUCGGAGUCCUCGUGUUGCACUUGCCCAACAUCCAAAGCACUUAUGUUGAUUUUUUUUAAGUGUGCACAGCCCUACUGGUUCUUCAUUUUUUUCCUUGUGACAGCAUUGAAAUAAUAUGGAACAAACAUGCUUGAAUGUGGUGAAUCAAAAGGCAAAUUAGGGUCUUUUUGUAAAACAUCUAAUCUACCGUCAUCUCACACUCUCCCUUUCUUCUUAAAAACCAUAUGAGUAAAAAUUCAUUGCAGCCCUGAUAAAGAAUUUGUAUUCAAUAUGUAUUCCAUUCUAACUUUUCUAAUAAAAUUUCUUCCAUCAAAGGCAGUUAAGGCUGUAAAUCAAUAUUGUUUGCUAUAUUGUAGCCAAAUACAAAUUCUUAAAGCUGUAUUGCAUAACUGUUUUCAUAAAGGUCUACUUUUGUGUUUUUAAUAGCACAAGGCAUUGUGUUCCAAAGUCCUGUCAUUCUUAGACCAUUGGAAAAUGAAUUAUUUGACCAACAUCAAUAAAACAGUAUAUACAUACUAUGAAUGUAGCGUGGAUUUUUUUUUUUUGAGUGUACUCAGUGAUCCUGCUCAAGAUGGCUAAGCAUUUGAAUUAAAGGAGUCACUAUCUUCUGUAGUUUCUGUAUUUCCUUCUCUCAGUGCCUUAAACAAUACAUACAUCUACUGAUUCACAUUUACUAUGCUUUUUGUACUAUAUGGAAUGAAUUAUUAUUUAUGUUUUACU